CGGCCCCCCUCUUUGGCUGCCACACCCCCUCUGGCAGCAAAACAUUGCACGAUCCAUUGAUUUGAACUCAAUUAGGCACAGUGUGCGCAGGUGCUGUGACGGAACAUGCACCAACGCCGUCUAGAGGGCCUCCAGAGGGCGCUGGGUCCACAAUCCCCAGCGUCCUAGUGGCUGCUGCGACGCGCUGGUUUCUGGCGUAUUACUGGGCUAGCGCCGGUAUUACGGGGCGUGAAUUGGUGCUCUUUGGUGCUGUGCAAGACCAUUGGGCUUCUUGAGCGCCGUCGGCGUUGCAGUUGAGCCGGGGGUUGAAUAGAACGUUGAGGUUGAGUCCAUCAGAUGCGCACAUUGAUGGAUAUCAAAUGGGGGAUUUGCGGCGCAGUUCGACAUCAUCAUGCGCACAUGUCUGCUCAUUCGGAGGAUGCGGGCUUUGAUGACAGCUGCAGUAGAUACAUGGCAGACCUGUAUUAUGUGCGCAUCCCAAAAGGAGCAGCUACUGUAUACGAGUGUGUGCGCGCGGCUCGGACAAUUAAAGUCCAUGUAUGCGGCUGUUCAGUCUGUGCGAAUAAGCCACAGGUGCAUUGCGUAUUACGAGCUGCAUCCAGGCAGGAAUUGAGAUGCAGAUGCAGAGUCGCAGCACUACCACCAGACUGCAGCCGUCAAUUCAUUUGCAUCUACGGAGUGCGGAAUACGGAAUACGGAGUGCUCAAUUCAUGGGCGAGUCAGCACCAAGACCAAGAUUCCCGCAGCUGUGGCGCCACUACCGACGGCAGGGGCAAAAAAGCAAAAAGAGAGCUGGAGCUGAAUGAGUAAAAAAAGAAUAGAAAGUGAAUUAAGGGCAUGUUCAAUAGCUUGAAACCAAGGCAACAUGAACCCAAUGGAUUUUCUUGUCUCACAAUAUGCCCGCAAAUAGUAACA